AUAGAAAAACAUCCCAGGAUUUGUCAAGCUUCCCUCCGGCUCUGGCCUCCGUCAUAUUCGACAAUUUGCCGUUCUUUCUUGCAUACACAUCCAUCCAGAUAGGCAGAUGUCUAUUGAGGAAGACAAGACGGUGGAAGAAUCAAAGCACAAUCAACAGACUUGGUUAAGCACAGGAGAGAAACAAACAACAAUUGUGGACAUUGAUAACAACAUUUGCUUGAUGUCUGAAGCUGUUGCGCUAAGUUAUGAAACUCAAUCAGAACGGACUGUGACUGAUUAUCCAAGCAGAUCUUCUGAUGAUCACUUGAGCCUCGCUGAGCGAUCCCUUUCUGCUGCUGGUGCUGCUUUUCUCUCAGCCGUGCUUGUUAACCCUCUAGAUGUGGUUAAGACAAGAUUACAAGCACAAGCAGCAGGAGAUCUCUAUUCACACCCUUUAAGCAACAUGACGAGUCGCAUGGCAAUUUUUGGACCAAACAUGAUGUUUGCUGAUCUAAGGUGUUCACCUUCAUGCACCCGUGCCGGUGUUCAUGGGACAGUGGCGAUUUGUCCACCAGAUUGUUUCCAGUACAAAGGAACACUUGAUGUCUUCUACAAAAUCAUUCGACAGGAAGGAUUUUCUAGGCUUUGGCGAGGAACGAAUGCUGGUCUUGCAUUGGCAGUACCAACAGUAGGGAUCUACUUGCCUUGCUAUGAUAUCUUUCGCAACAAAUUAGAGGAAUACACCUCCAAAAAUGCCCCAAGCUUGACUCCAUACACUCCUUUACUUGCUGGUUCAUUAGCCCGUUCUUUAGCUUGUACAAGUUGCUACCCAAUUGAACUUGCGAAAACUCGUAUGCAGGCGUUCAAGGAAAUGCACAAGGGUAAAAAGCCGCCUGGAGUUGUGAAGACUUUAUUUGAGGCAGUCUAUAAUGUUAAGAUCACUGCAACUGCUAGUAACAGCUUACAAAGCUAUCGCGUACUUUGGACAGGCCUAGGGGCACAACUUGCCCGCGAUGUUCCUUUUUCUGCAAUAUGUUGGUCCACUUUAGAGCCAGCACGAAGGCGGCUUCUUAGUCUGAUGGGUGAUGAAACUAAUGCUGUCGGCAUUCUUGGUGCAAAUUUCUCUGCUGGUUUUGUUGCGGGAAGCCUUGCAGCUGCUGCAACUUGUCCACUUGAUGUGGCAAAAACCCGAAGGCAGAUUGAGAGGGACCCAAUCAGAGCAUUGACUAUGACAACGAGAAAAACUCUAAUGGAGGUUUGGAGAGACGGAGGCAUGAAGGGACUCUUUACAGGUGUGGGACCUCGUGUUGGCCGGGCAGGACCUUCUGUUGGUAUAGUUGUGUCAUUCUAUGAAGUUGUUAAAUACGUGUUUCAUCACCAGUACGCCAUGGCUUAGAUGGACAAAGGUGCAGGGCGAAUCUAAUUGGUUCAUUUUGGAGAUUGACUGUUGACCAGUGGUAUACCUUCUGACAAAAUAAAACUAUGUCUCAGUAGGAGAGGAAUGUAGGCUUUUCUUUAGUUUGUUGUGUGCACUGAAGAGUACAGGAAGCGGUCUUCUUGAGAAUGGUAUUGGUAGAUCAUCAUCAUCACCGUUAACAGCAUCACACUUGGUUAGGAAAUGAAACAAAAUAAUCUGUCUUCUCUCUUGUAGCCUGAACAAUUCGUUUUGUUCAGCCCACUUCAGAAAAAUUUUGUGUAUAGAUAUUUCUAAAUUUGAUCCCAUUUAAUUUUUGAAUUUGUUUUAUUUUGGCUGGUAAUAUUGGUUCUGCUCUAGUUUUGUUUUAAUUUUUGAAUUUGGAUAUUAAAAUUAUACUCCGUAAGUCCGUAUUUGAGA